GUUCACUGGUCAUUGAUCGUGUCACCGCCCGUCUCUCGUCCUUCUCCCGGUCCGCUCCCCCAUGAAAUCAAGGCCCACCCGACACACAUAGAACAGCACGAAACACUCCCCAAACCCCAGAGUGUUCGCCAGCAGCAGACCAGGCAGCUCACCCGAGCCUCUCCCCCCCACCAUACCGACAGCACCACCAAUGAGCUUCCCCAGCGUGCCGUCGGCAUCAACCAUCGCCACAAAGCGCACCACAGCAAAGGCGCCAACCACGCCAUCCGAGAUCUUCUGCGGAUCCAGCAUAAGGCCUUGGUCAUCUUGACCUUGCCGUCCCUCCGCCCCCAGCUUGACGUACUUGUAUACCACUGCAAACAGAAACGCCGACACGCCAGCGCUAAGCACCUCAGCCGCAGUGUUAACAGCAAAGCCCGGCGACACACCUACGGAGCCCAUGUGGUUGAGCACAUAGAACAGAAGCUGAGUAGCGCCGCCCAGAAGGCCGCCGAAGGUUGCGGCCGUGACAGUCUGCAGCCUCGCUCGUGCAGUGGGCGUCAUGGUGUUCAUCAGGCCGCUCAGAUCCGUCACCCGCCUGCUGAUCACCUCCCGCUCGUUGCCAUCGGCAUGUAGGCUUGUGAAAUGCGGCAGAUCUCUGCUGGGCCUCCUGUGAACGCCAUCAAGGACUCCAAUCGCCUUGUGAUGGUGCAGCGGCCACCGAUGGGCGAAAGCCGCUUCAUGUCGGGAGAAGGCGGGAUGGAUCGGCAGCAACACAGAGGAACUGACAAGCAGUGCACAAAUCAUCAUCUGAAAAGGGCAGUGGCGAGGGAGAG